ACUGUUUUCAGCGCCGAGACAAACUCGCCACUUGUACCAGCUGGAACAUGGACUCAUAUCAGCUGCACUUACACCGCAACUGGCGGGAAAUCUGAGAUAUAUGUGAAUGGGGUGUUAAAAAAACAAGAGCUCACUGGCAGUGGAAUUCUUUCUCAGGUAACAUCCCUUCUUGAAUGUACGAGGAAAAGUUCAGUAAAAAAAUUCAAAAAAAAUUAUUGACCCCACAAUGGAUGUGUAUUUCUGCAAAACUUUGUCCAAGGAUAUGAUUGAUCAAAAUUGGAUCUCCCCGUCGAUUUAGAACGGCAGAAAGCUAGAGGUGAUCUUAAAUUGUAUCAGAUUGGGAGAAAUUUUUAAUAGAGAGUUGAAAGUACUCCAUGAUCGCACUGGUUUUGCCUCUGCUGCGUGAUUGGUCCUAAAACAAGCCCCCGGAACCAAUCAAAUUUAAAAAACAACUGCUCUUUGGUCACUUACGUUUCCCCACGCAUUAGGCGUGUUUUGCUUCGAGUCCCCAUUAGCUCCUGGUGAUAUUUUUUUCUUCGCUACGACUGGUAGUUGUGGUUACCUUGUUUAGUUUUACGACACGAAGAAGAAGCGCUCUGAAUUAGGAAAAGCCAGAAAUAAUACAUCUAUAUCCACUGUUCUUCUAAUCCUUUUCGCCCAUUGUUCCACUGGUCCUCUGUGUCCACUGUUCCUCUGGUCCUCUGUACCCACUGUUCCUCUGGUCCUCUGUACCCACUGUUCCUCUGGUCCUCUGUACCCACUGCUCCUCUGGUCCUCUGUGCCCACUGUUGCUCUGGUCCUCUGUAUCCACAGUUCCUCUGGUCCUCUGUGCCCACUGUCGCUCUGGUCCUCUGUAUCCACAGUUCCUCUGGUCCUCUGUGCCCACUGUUCUUCUGGUCCUCUGUACCCACUGCUCCUCUGGUCCUCUGUGCCCACUGUUCCUCUGGUCCUCUGUGCCCACUGUUCCUCUGGUCCUCUGUGCCCACUGUUCCUCUGGUCCUCUGUACCCACUGUUCCUCUGGUCCUCUGUUCCUCUGGUCCUCUGUUCCCACUGUUGCUCUGGUCUUCUCUAUCCACAGUUCCUCUGGUCCUCUGUUCCCACUGCUCCUCUGGUCCUCUGUUCCCACUGUUGCUCUGGUCUUCUCUAUCCACAGUUCCUCUGGUCCUCUGUUCCCACUGUUGCUCUGGUCCUCUGUAUCCACAGUUCCUCUGGCCCUCUGUGCCCACUGUUGCUCUGGUCCUCUGUAUCCACUGUUCCUCUGGUCCUCUGUAUCCACUGUUCCACUGGUCCUCUGUGCCCACUGUUCCUCUGGUCCUCUGUAUCCCACUGCCCUCUGUGCACUGUUCCUCUGGUCCUCUGUACCCACUGUUCCACUGGUCCUCUGUGCCCACUGUUCCUCUGGUCCUCUGUACCCACUGUUCCUCUGGUCCUCUGUACCCACUGUUCCGCUGGUCCUCUGUACCCACUGUUCCACUGGUCCUUUGUGCCCACUAUUCCACUGGCCCUCUGUGCCCACUGUUCCCUGGGUCCUCUGUACCCACUGUUCCACUGGUCUUUUGUGCCCAUUGUUUCUCUGGUCCUCCGUAUUCACUCUUCUUAUCCUCUGUGUUCACUGUUCCUCUGGCCCUAUGUCCUAACUGUUCCUCUGGUCCCCAGUGCCCGCUAUUCUUCUGCUCUUUUGCGUCCACUGUUCCUCUGAUCUUCUGUGCCCACUUUUCCUCUGGUCCUCUGUGCCCGUUGUUCCUCUUUAAUCUUUAAACCUUUAUCACACCUCAAUUAUUUUCCAUUGUAGAUCCCGGUGUAUGAAAGACUACCCAAAACUUUAAUUAGACAGACUGUGGGGGGCUAAAUGUAUUUAUCUUUUCUUGCGUUGACCAGGAUUGGAAUGGAAAGACUAGCAUCGGAAAAGAGUACGAAAAAGGGGCUGAUGGAAAAUGGAUUGAGCAAAACAAUCUGAACGGCAUCAUCGACGAGUUCUAUUUAUUUGAGCGCGACUUGAAACAAAAUGAAAUAACACUUCUUGCUCAGACCUGCAAUUACCACAGAAUAGUACUACAUUAUGGCUUUGAUUUGUUUGCGGGUAAAACAGUGUAUGACCAGUCUGGGCUUGCAAACAAUGGCAUGGCUAUAAAUGGUACAGCUGUCUCCAACAAUGGAACGUGCGGGAAGGCUGUGAAUAUGACCAUGGGACAGAUUAAAAUUCCCGGUGAUACUUUCAGAGAAAAACCCCAAAAAGCCAUAACCAUAUCAGUGUGGAUCAGUCUACAAACAAACAGGUUUGAUAUAAGUAACUACGGCUAGUUAUGACUAGUUAGUUAUAGUUAUAUCAGUUUCUAUCUUCAGGGUCGUCGGAAAAAAGAACUUAAUCGAUGAGGGGAGGGGGGGGUAAACGCUUCCGGCCCCUGCUCACAGUUAAGCUCUCUUUGUUAAAAAAUGGCUGUAUAUUUAAAAACUCUCUCCCACUUUGUCUCUUUUGGAUGGAGGCGGAUUAUUUUUCCCCCUAAAAUAGCGAGAGGUGUUACCGCAAAGAAUUCGAUGUAAUUUUCUACUUCUCUCGAUAACCAAAGUGAGACAGCUGCGCUAAAAUGCUUGUCUCCUGUAAUGAUUUUAGACGCAAUUAAUUCACUGAGAUUCUUUUUGCAUUUUACAUAGGAAAGAGCACGAAAUAUUUAAUACAAUCGGAAGCCAUUCCGAUCACAAGCAUGACCAAUACCACUUCGCAGUGCAGGAUGGGAAGGUAAUUUGGUAUCAUCACCAAGAAAACGACAAAGAAGUGUUCAAUGUCGUCACCCUUCCCUCCAUUCCUGCGCGCAACUGGACACACGUGGCAGUGACGUAUGACUCCACAGCCAUGCUGGCGAAAGUUUAUGUUAACGGAGUCAUGGUGAAACAAAAAUCUGCGAGCGGUGACCUGUCUCAAGAUUGGGGCCAUUUUGCCGGUAUCGGAAGACAUUUUUAUACAGGAUCUUAUUUAACAGGACUAGUUGAUGAAUUUAUCAUUUAUAAUUACGCUCUUAGUGACGUGGAAAUGAAGUAUCUUGCACAAGGGCGGUGCUCCAAAAAAUAA